AAUCAAUUGUUUAUCCAACUGGCGAAGUCUUGUACACGUCGAAAUCAAGUGAAGGAUUCUCAUUAGAAGAGAAAGAAUCCUUUGGAAAACGUUGCUUCAGAAAUUAUUACGUCUUUUGGGAAUUUAUUGAUCGGAAGAAGAAGAAGAUUCAGGCUGUGUCAUGUUCUUCUUUUUGAUUUUGACCGGCGUGAUUUGCUUUCUGCUGGGCAUGGCCGUGACAUUGGCUAUCGGCCAGCGUAACAUCCUCUACUGGCUCAUGCCGUUGGACGAGGACAAGUUGCUGCCCACGGUGGACCCAGCCAACAACACCCCACUGGUUGAGACAGACCAACCGAUUUCCAUCGGACUGCCCGAGGAGUUGACGGAACAGCUGACUGAAGAGAAAACAAUCCCAACUUCAGAAGUGACCGAUAAAGAAGUCGAGCAACGGGAUGACACUUUGCUGGCCAUCAAUCUAUUAAUGCAAUUCUUCUUUCGCGAAGCGCAAAACAACGGGAUCGUGCGUCGCUUCCUUAUCCAUCGGAUCAAUAAAGAGAUGAACGAAGGAGUGGAGAAAGGAGGGCCGACUGUCAACAAAAUUAUCAAAGGAUUAAAGAUUUACGACAUUGAAAUGGGAACGAAAGCGCCUUCCAUCCGCGGUAUCGACGUCAACAGCCUCGUGCUGGACGAGGACCAAAAAUUGAUCGAAUCCGUCGACGUGGGCAUCGAUCUUGAAUAUAGUGGCGGUUUCGCUAUUGGCAUCGAUGUCGCAUUGGCCUACGGAAAGACGGCCUUCAUGUCCGCAAAAGUGUCUCGAUUGGAAGGGAAUUUGCGUAUAAAGUUUGCCCGGCUGCCUUAUUCCCAUUGGACUGUAGCUUUCUGUCCGCCACCUACACUUGAAGUAGCAAUCAGUUCGCGGAUUCAAGGCCAGUCUUAUGGAGUUGUCACUGAUUUAUUAGCUACUUUGAUCGAAAGUUGGAUUCAGAAACAACAUUCGCUUCCCAAUUCCAAAAUGCUCACUCAUCCCCUCUUCCCGGAUCCGGAUCAUGCCAUCAUGAGACCGGUUCCAGCGCCGACGUCGAGGCCCAUUAGAAAAGGAAGACUUCAAGUGACCGUCAUGGAUGUCACGCGUCUUGAUCCUUCUCUCAUUCAAGCUGAAGGCCUCUUCUGCAUCUUAGCCUUAGACAGCUGUCCGUGGAUUGAUUUCGCCCCAUCAGAGACAGUGGGUCACGUUCUGCUCGAUAUCCGCAUGAUACGCAAGAGAGACAGACCAUUGGGAUUCGUCUUUCACGGUCUGCCCGCAGGGACGUCCGAUUUUUCGGCCAUCGACGAGAUUGUUCUAGAUCUGGUGCGGAGCCCAACUGGAAUCGUGGUGGUAAAUACUGAACCAGGAUCCGCAGCCGACGAGGCUGGAUUCAGAGCCGGAGAUGUUAUCCUAGAAGUAAACGGCUUACCCGUCAGCUCAGUUAGACAAGUCUUGCGUGCUAUUACUAACGCAGAAGCCAAAUAUGUCAUCAUUCGCAUCGAUCGAUUUAUUCCGGCCAUCAAGACGAAGGUCGAUGCGUUUGAAGCCCAAAAGCCAAUGAUAGCCGGAUUCAAACAGGGAGCUUUGUAUCCACUUCCAGAUGAUUUGGUUGGAAUUCACCGAGAGACCAUUGGCAGGAUGGUUGGAUUAGAAAUGAAACGAACAGAAACUUACCCAAUGAGCAAAGUAGUCCAUUUAGGCGAUACGUUGGAAUUCGGCGUAUUACCCGGCCAGAGAUUUCUCAACUUGUCCGUCUGGUUGACUGGCGUCCAAGGCGAUGAAUGCAACGUAACCAGCAGCGGAGCGGCCAGUGUGAGUAUUGAACCGCCCAAAAAAUUCAGUUUCAGCAAACUAUUUGAGCUGAAAAAAGACCUCCCGCCAACAUCGGAUGAAACGGCCGUUAAAGAGCCACCGAAAGAGGUCCGAAUCGGAUAUAUCAACGUCAGCUUGGCUGAGAUUAUAGCCGAUUGUCACCUCAACACCCAGGGCCAUCACGUCUCGACUUAUCAGCUGUACCCAGCAGAUCUUCAAGCAUCUCUCGGUCGGAAACAUCCAUUAAAGGACCAGCCGGGAUUCGAUCCUCGGCUAUGCUACGGAGAUAUCGUACUUUCGUUCAUCUACCAGCCGGACGAGGUUCAAGAAACUGAAGAAACGCCUCUGCCGGAAGAAACAUUAGCCGAACGAGCGGAACCUAGCGAACGGGAACGUUCACAAGUAGAUGUCGUGAUUUAUGAGCUCAAACGACCGCACGAUUGGACACUGAAACGUUUCGGUCAACUCGAGAACUGCGACAUUUGUCAGUCGAAGAUAUGGCUUGGCGAGGGCCUUUAUUGUCCCAGGUGUGGAUUAAUCAUUCACAAGAAAUGUUUCAAACGCAUACUUGUCGAGAACAGGAAAUGGUGCAGCGUCAACCAAUCCAUCGCCAAGAUUGACGAUUACUACAUUUCUAAUGUUCCAAUUCCGGCUGACAAUAUUAAGUCGGAUUUAGAAGGAAACCCGUUUCAAGUGGAUGAAGAAAAUGAAGAAGCGAGUGAACUUGAAACGGUGGUGGAAAGAUUGCAGGUACGGGACCACAACGAAUCCCUGAUAAGAUUGGCCAAGGAAUCCGGACGAAAACUAUGGAAUCAUUUAGAUGUAGAGAAACGUCGCAAUAAAAUAUCUUCCAUGCUAAACAAAAUAGAAGACGCUGUUAGGGCUGAAACAAUCCGCCGGUACGAGCUGGCAGCCGAGUGGGAGAAAUCAGCUUCAUAUUUGUCGGGGGAUAGUGACGUUGGUAAUAGGAAAUGGGUCGAAGUGGAACUGGCAUCGUCAGAGAAGAAACGUCAAGCGUUGGUCCUCCUCGAACUCUAUUUCGGCGUUGCUUGGCAAGAUGUAGAAGAACAUUUAGAUCAAAGUGAAUGAUUGUUUAGACUAAAAAUAUGGAGUUAUCGUGUUUUUAAUAACAUAAACGUUUUAGAU